AUGCCUCACGGUAAUGCUGCCAAACGUUUUCUUGAUGCAGGAGAAGAACCUACAAAAACAUUGACGCCACUCAAAGGUUACGAAAAGAAAGAUUUAACAUCGCUUGAAGAAUCGGUUAAAUCCAUUGAAGUACCCAUCCAUGAUCGAGAUGCAAUGGUAUGGGCAGCUAAACGGAACUCACACAAUCCGUCGGAUGGCCUUAGCUCUGAUGAAUCAGCUUCCAUUUGUUUAUAUACGAUGGAGUGGCCCGAUGGCUAUGAUAGCUUUUACACAUUAUUAAAUAAAAAGCUUCGAUCUGGGGAGCGAAAAUGUCUUAAAUCAUGGUUCUCUUACUUGAAGCUUUUUCUGACGGCGCUAUACAAAUUACCAUCAAUCAAAAAAAUAAUUUGGCGUGGGAUUCGUGGAAAUGUUAGUGAUCAAUAUAAUAAGGACUACAUAUGGUGGGGUGUUAGUUCGUGUACAACCACAGUAGACGGGGUGGAAAAUUUUAUUGGUUGUACCGGUGAGCGUACUCUUUUCAUGAUCGAAUGCUUUAAUGGAAAAGCCAUCAAAUCCCAUUCUGCGUAUCAAGAUGAAAACGAAAUCUUGCUUAUACCAGGUACCUAUUUAACUGUACUUGAAAAAUGGAGUUCGUCGGAUAAUUUACACAUAAUUCAUUUAAAAGAAGAAAAUCCACCAUAUCAACUUCUAAAGUCACCAUUUGUAGCAUCGUUGGCAAUUGUUGAUGUCUCUUCGUCAAAAAAACCUGAAAGUUCCAAGCUCACCAGGCCAAAAAGUCAAGCUGCACCUGUACCUUUUCAUGAAAUAAAAAAAGUAUCAACGAAUAUGGAACGAACAAUACGUCGUACAGUUGAACAUGGUAUUCAAAAAGUUAAUGAUAUGGAAAAAGAUGAAGCAUUAGCAUUAAUGUGUGAGCAAUGUGAUCAUGAAAAGCAAGAAUUAAUUGAAUUAGAUUAUUUAUUUUCAUCUUAUCAUGAUCGAGUUAAAUAUUUUGAACAAACAAAUAAACAAUUAAAACAUACAUUAAAUCAAUUAAGAUCAAAAUAUAGUUUUGAUUCUGAUAAAUAUAAAUCUGAAUAUAAACCUAAAUUAAAUAAUUUAAGAAAAACAACUCAUUUAGCUACUGUUGAAGAAGCUAUAGUAGAAAUUCGUGUUAAAAGAGCCGAAUUUGAUUUAAUUUAUUAUAAAAAAUUAGUUGAUGAUUUAAAUCAAUGGACAAAUCAAGACAAAUUAAAAAUAAAUUCUCUUCAAUCAACAAUUGAUGAAAAUCAAAGAGAAUUUAAACAUGUUCAACAUUUAAUAGCUGUUUCAAUGUCCGAUAUUGAAAAAUACCAUAAUGAAAUGAAACGUUUUUAUGAACAAAUAUCAAAUUUAUUAAAUGAAUUAGAUCAAGAAAGAAUGGCUAGAAUUAAAAUUGAAAAUGAAAAACAAACAUUUAAAGAACAAAUAUCUUUUCUUUCAGCUAUACAUGAACAAGAAAUGAAUGAUUUAAAAAAUGUAUCUUCAUCCAAUUUUGAUAUUAAUUCAAUUACUUUUUAUAAAAAUGAACUUCCAAGAGCUAUUAGAGAAAUUCGAAAGGAUUUUGAAAUUCGUUCACUUUCGCAAAGAUUAGAACUUGAAGAAUAUUAUAAAAUAAAAACUGAUGAAAUUAUUCAACAAGAACAACAACAAGAAAAUAAUCAAUUAAUUAAUCAAGACGAUGACAAUCAAUUAAAAAUUUCAAUUAAUGAAACAGAAAAAGAACUGCUUGAUUUACAACAAGAUUAUAAAAAUUAUUUCCAACAAAUGAGUGAACUUGAAUCAAAACUUGAAACAGUUAAACGAGGUAAUUACAUCUUUUUUGUGUACUCAAAAAGUGAGUACACUACUAAAAUCGGUCUGUGUGUCCGGCCGUCCGUCCGUAUACACGAUAACUUUCGAAAGGAGAGUCAGAUCGCGAUGAAAUUUUCUACACAAUU